UUUAGUUUUAUUUAAAACAACAAAGACUUUGUAUUGAAAGAAAAUAUUAUAAUUUAACUUCAAGUGUAAUAUCCAAAUCACUGAAAUGGAAUUUCACCCACUUUCAGUUUGAUGUUUUGAUGUUCAAUUAGUUUGAUCGUUAUAAAAUUGUCUCGGGUAAACAUUUAGGAAGCAGUAACAAUAAAAAAGCACUUUAAAUUUGAAAACAAUGUUGAAAAUAAUAUUAUCUUACGCGUGAACAGUGACGAAAUACUAUUGCACAUGUUUAUUAAUACUGAGACUUAUAUUAAGUGUUUUUUCAAAUAAUCAAUUAUGAUUAGAUUAUAGUUGUUGAUAAUCAAACAAGUGUAUACACAUAUCUUGCUUGAUAUAUAUAUCGGACAUCCAAACGAACUAAGUAGGUAUUCGUCUUCUAAAAAUGAGAGUCUAUUUGUCAAUAUUGUGCUUCGUGGCGGCAGUCAGUUACGCUGCCAGCGAAGGAGUUCUUUUUGGACCAAAUACAUGGGCAGUUCUCGUUGCUGGUUCCAAUGGCUGGUGGAACUACAGGCAUCAGGCUGAUGUCUGCCAUGCUUACCAUUCCCUGAUAGAAAAAGGCGUUCUGCCAGAAAAAAUCAUAACCAUCAUGUAUGAUGACAUCGCCCAAAAUUCCCAAAAUCCCAAGAAGGGAACCAUCAUCAACCGACCAGAUGGUCCAGAUGUAUACCAUGAUGUGGUUAUUGACUACUCAGGAAAAGCCGUAACUGCAAAAAAUUUUCUAAAAAUUAUUGAGGGAGAUGAAGUAGGUAUGGAAAAUAUCGGAAGUGGCAAAGUAUUGAAAAGCAAUGAAAAUGACACUGUCUUCAUCAACUUUGUUGAUCAUGGAGGUGCUGGAGUACUUGGUUUCCCAAGCACCUUAUUAAAGGCUGCCGACCUUAUCGCAUCCUUGAACAAAAUGAGCAAAAGUAAUAUGUUUGAUAAACUAAUUUUGUUCAUUGAAGCAUGCGAGUCUGGAUCCAUUUUUGACGGCUUCAUUGAUCAUUUGCCAAAUGUUUUUGUUAGUACUGCAGCUGCGGGCGACGAAUCAUCUUGGGGAUGGUACUGCGAUGACAAAAAAUUCGGCACAUGCUUUGGAGAUCUCUACAGUAUAAAUUGGAUGGAACGGUUGGACAAGCUCAAGACCAGUGAAUCAUUAUUUGACAACUACAACGCAAUACGUACAAAGACGACUAAAAGCCAUGUACAAUUGUAUGGAGACUACAAACUGGGCUUUUUGCAACAAUUUGAAUCUGCAGAGGCUGAAGACGAAUACCUAGAAGAAUACCCGGAAUCUCAAAAGGAACACAAAGGUGUCGAUAGCAGAGAUAUACCAUUGUAUUUUGCAAGGAAGGAAUUGGAAGCUGCAAAGGAACCAGCAAAUAUCAUACUGAAAAAAGAAAGGCUAGAAAAAAUAAUCGAAAGCCGUGGAUUUGCUGACAACUUGAUUUCGAAAAUUCUCAAAGAGUACACUGAAGGAGACGUGGUUUCACAACAAGAUUUGGAAACUAAAAGAUCGAAGCUCAACAUGGAUAUGUUCUCCUGUUACGACGAUUUGCUUACUGCUUUUGGUACUGACUGCUUCAGUAUCCCCGAGAACACAUACAUCAUGAAACACCUGUACAAACUCGCCAAUAUUUGUGUGAGAGACGAGAGCUCCGUUAAGGCUGUUGCAGCGAUCCAGACAGUAUGCCUAGAAGAAAUGCAAGCCAUAAAUCGCCUUGACUUUCACAUUGAGUAAAUUUUAAAACGAAACAAAUAUUUUAUAGAAAUCUCCAAAAUAUAUUGAGUAAUAAAGAGUCAAAUUAUGUA